AUGUCCGCUGUCAAACAUGAUUACGACGGCCCCACGUUUGGGAUAUCUUUGACGCUUCUCUGUGAACGAUCUGGCGUCGAGGUUCCUCUCAUCCUUGGCGAUAUCUUACGGUGGCUCGCGGCGCACGCCCUGGCCCAGCCGGACAUCUUUGCAGAGGCGCCGAAGUCUGCAGCAACCAGCCAUUUGAAGAGUGCUAUUGAUAUAGGUGCUUCGCUUGCGGAGCUUGUUGAGGGAACGCAUCCAGCAGUGGUCGGCAGUUUGCUAAAGCGCUGGCUAGAGGAGCUUCCAGAUCCGUUGCUUAACUGGAAUCAACAGGUUGAACUUCUCUCAGCUUGCAAAGAUGAGGGCUGCAUCGAGGCGAGGAUAGCUAGCCUCAACGACGCAGUCGCUCUUGUCGACCCCAUCGCCUUGGGCACGCUCAAGCCCUUGCUGCUCUUCCUGCAGCAGUACUGCUUCCGUCAGCGUCGCUUUGACCAACAGCUGUUGCAGGUGGCCGUGGCCUUCGCGCCCAUCCUUUUCCCCGCUGCACUGGCGGCGGGGCCAACGGAACUCCGCCUCGCUGAGGAGACGGUUGCUACCUUAGUGUCCAACGCCCUCCACGUGUUCAACCCCUCGCUCGCUGCUAACGUGCCGGUGGUAACACCGCAGGCGCUGUGCGAGGCGGCGGCGGAAAUAAUGGAGUCGCAGGAACAGGGGCCCGGACAGCAGCAGCAAAAACAGCAAGGACCGGAACAAGGGCAGCAGGGCUCUCGUGACGUGCCCGGCCGCGCGGACGCAAUGGGUUCCUCGCAGUUACUGCAACGCCACGCGCCCUCCGACUUGUCCCUGUUAACAGAGCAGCAGGAUGCGGUGGUGGUAGGCGACGGGGCAUACGAGCCAUAUCUUGACGACGGCCCGUUUUUGGCAACUCUGCACGACAUGGUUGGAAGUUGCGUCGCUGACGCACUGUUCUCCUUCGAUGACUCCCUCGAACACGAAACCGCCGCAUGGAGCGGGGAUGAUGAUUGCGGCAGCAUGGCCUCCAGCUGCUCCAAUAUCCUUAUCAGCGGCGGUGGCGCAGCUAGCAGCGGCGGCGCGAACGCGCCACAUUCUGGGACAUGUCGUCGUAGCAGCAGCAACAGCAGCAAUAGUGCACGAGAUGGGACGGAAAAGAUAGACGCGCCGUACAGCCCGCGCGCGGUUCUGGUAGCCCCUCUGGACAGCAGCGAACAGGGUCGGCUAGCAGCUCCAUUGGAGGCGGAAGAUAUGGCCACCAAGGGUUCUAGCACUACUGCUGCAUUGGUCAAAGCGGCGCCGGGCCCCGUGUCAACCGCAGCACUUGCAGAGCUGGCGCAACGUGAGGUCGCUGAGGGGAGCGUAUUCUGCAUCAUUUCCGCGCAGCCCGGUAUCGUGGCCUUGGCCGCGGCGCCAGGUGCAGCCGCCACCGGCCACUGUGACGCGCCUAGCGAUGGAAAGCAGGGUGCAGCCGCCGCGUCCCAUAUGCAGCGGUCGCAGCUAUCAGCGUCGGAAAUGGCUGGUGUCCAAGCCGCGCUGUCCGGGCUGCAGCUGCAGCAGCAGCCAUCCGAACCGCCCUGCGUCUCCCGAUCUGCAUGCUCUAGGCGUCCAACGGAAGGUGGUGCCGCCAGUGAGGCUUGUGGGGCGUCACGUGAGCAAGGGACCCACCCCGGUCAAGGGCAGGGGCAAGGCCAGGAGCAAUUUUGGUCUGCGCGUUCUUCACUCAGUCGGCAACCUGGCACCACCGGAACGGCUGCGGACUCUCGACAACGAAGAAUGACCAUGGGCGGAGGUGACGGCCCGCCUCCGCCCGUUAGCCCGCAACAGCUGCGGCAGCAGCAGCAUCCCACACAGCAGUCGCCGCCGCAGCUGCCCCAUGGCGGCCUCAGCUGUGUUGCGGAGCUGGGCGUUGCUGGCCACCUGCGCGUCACGUUGACGAGCUCCCUUACCCUCAUGGUUCGGGAGCUGACUACGCCGGAGGCAAUGGCCCAUCGCGUGCCCAUCCGAGGCAUGAGCACGACCGCCAUGCAGAGCGAGAAAGAGCGUCUCAAACGGCAGCUUAAAGACGUUGCUUCCUCAUACGAGGCGUUUGCCGGUCGGCCACUAACACAGGCUCUUAAGGAACCGCUGCGGCCUGUGUACGUGCGAUACCACAAGAUCAAGGCAUUGCUGAGCAAUAGUAGCAGCAGCGGGAGAGCAGGCACACCGACCCCAGAGACAGGAGCGGCUGCUGCCGGGCGUGUGGUGCAGCGGUCGUCGAGUUCGCCGUUUGCAUCGCAGGCACGACCUUCAGUUGUGGCUUGCUCAAAGCCCGACGUGCAAGGAUACUACGUGGCUCUGGAGAGUUCGCUUAAGGAUUACCUCCGAAAAUGCUUUCACACCAACUUCACCUCAAGCAGGGCACUUCACACCAUGUUGCCGGAAUUAGGCACUGGCGUCUCUGCGAGCUUGAAGCGCUUAUCAGAGCUAUUCGACUCUGGAACGGCCGUGGAGGUGGUCCCGAUCUUCAUACCUGCAUCACAAAUUAAUUCAGAAAUUGAGUUUGAGCUGGAGCAUAACCUGACUUACAGCCACGAUGGUUGGAUAUUGGACCCAAUGGGGCUGGGUACCAUUUACAAUUUCAACGGGUUUGAAGACCUGACUUCGUACGUGAACAUCCCCGUCGUCAUCGGCAACAAGACGGAAGACUUUCAGUGGGACGACGUCCAUCCUUACUUUCAAAACACGUCUCGGUACUACGACAAGGCCCUCCGCAAGUUUCUCACCGUUGUCUUGCCGCUCGAUGGCAACGUCAAGCUGCUGUAUUACCGACAAGACGUGUUUGAAGCGUAUAACCUUCAAGUCCCUCGCACGUGGGAUGAGGUUUUAACCGUUGCCAAGUUCCUGGACUCCCGCAACCUUGACCUUAAUAAUGAUACCGUGCAGGAUAACGCCUUUUGCUUUGAUCGUCGCAAAGACUGCCAUCAGGGCUACUUCGACCUCCUCUCAAUCCUGGCGCCUUACAUGCAGUACAACGGUAGCAGCCAGGGCGUCAUUUUCGAGCCCGCCGACAUUCAUAACUUGCAGAAGAACCCCGCAUUGGUGCACAACCCAGCAAUGGCCCGCGCCCUGGAUAUCUACAAGCAGCUCUUCGACUUGUCACCGAACAACUCCUCCGAUGCCAAGUGUGACGACAGCGUGUCGGCACCUGUGGAUGCUGGGCGAAGCAUGGCCAGGAAGUUUGCUAAUGGCGCGUGCCUUAUGGGCCUUGGCCUGGGCGACUUCUUCAAGGAAUUCAACGCGUCGGCCUUCCGCGGCAAGCUGGGCGUUGCGCCCAUGCCGGGAUCCUUCGAGGUCCUCAACCGCACCUCCAACCAGCUGGUGCCCUGCGACCCGGUGCUGUGCCCCUUCGCCACAAGCGUUCUGACGACCGCGGCCGGUGCCGCCAAUGCCACCGCGACGACCACCAUGGCCGCCAGCGGCGACGGUGCUGCUGGGGGCACCAGCAGCUACCCCCCGCCUGGGUCGCCGCCGCAGGCCCCCUCGACCACUAACACUGCCUGGCUGAACCGGGCGCCCUUUGCGGCGGGCGGCGGCUGGGUCGCAGCCGUGAACGCGCGUACGCAGGUGGAUUAUCGCAAUUUGUCCGUGUCGUUUUUCUUGCAUUUGGCAGGGCCGGAGGAGUCGUGGACUCGGGUGCUGGAUGCCCACAGCCCCUUCGACCCUUACCGUCUGGCCCAUUUUUCCAACAUCAGCCGUUGGGUAGCCGCCGGCUACAAUAUCAACGACACCCUCAACUACCUAACCGCCGCCAACAACUCCUUUAACGACCGCAACAUCGCUCUGGACCUGCGUGUCCCGAACACCAAGAUGUUCAGGGACAUUUUUGAGAGCGCCGUCGCCAACCUGACCUCCGGCUCCUCCAGCGUGGAGAGCGCCAUGCUCAUGCUCAACACCACCACCGCCAAGAUCUUUUUGGACCCGCAACAGAAGCAGUUUCGCCAACUGCUGGCCGAUAUCUACCUGUCAACCAUCAACUAUAACAACAUUAACAACCUCAACGGCGUCAUGGGCGGGGACGGCGGCGGCGGCGGCGGCUCGCCCAGCUGGUUGCCCAUCGCCAUCGUGCUGCCCACGGUGUGCGCGCUGCUGCUCAUCGCGGCGGGUGUGGUGUACGAGGUGCGCAACAACCGCAAACACAAGAACCUGUUUGGCAAGGUUGUGCCGCCUGGUGUGGGGCCGGACACGACCAUCCUCGUCAGCGAAAUACAGGACUAUGCAUUGCUGUCCGAGGCGCUAACAACCGAGGUGGUUGAGCGCAUGCUGAAGGACUACCACGACUGCCUGCGCCGCUUACUGCUGCGGCACAGCGGCUACGAGGGUGGCAGUGAGGCGGACUCGCUGGUGCUGGCCUUCCACUCGCCCAAGGAUGCGCUGCUGUUCGCCAUGGAGGCCCAGGCAGCUCUGCUGCAGCCCAAGCUGGACGACUUCUUGGACGGCUCUGACGAGCCCAUCCCGACGGGCGCCUCCAAGAUCAAGGCCCUGACACCCGGCCUAGGCUCCCAUCACCACAACGACCACCACCACAGCCACCACGGCCACAGCACCCACUUCGGCUCCAGCGGCGCCACGCUGCCCUCCCUGGUCAACGUGCCAGCCACGGAGACAUACACCUUCUCAAACGCCUGUCGUAAGGCCUGGAAGGAGGCCAGCAAGGAGGACACCAAUAAGGUGUGCCUGGGUGUGUGGGUGCUCAUCUUCAGCGGCCCGCGUGUGCGCAUGGGACUCCACGCGGGGGUGCACAGCGAACACGACAUCAGCCACUCCAGGACGGAUGGCCGCACCACCUACAGCGGCGACACUGUGGUGAUGGCGCGGGCGGUGGCGGCGGCGGCGCAGGGCGGCACCGUCUUGCUGUCAGAAGAGACCUACAAGAAGCUGCCCUUGGAGCGACUGUGGGAUAAGUACCUGGUCCUCCACAUGGGGGAGCACCGGCUGCAGGAGGCGCUGCCCAACCUCAACCUUUACCACGCCCUCAACCGUAGACUGGAGGGAAGGCUGGCCUACGUGGGGCCCAUGAGCUCACUGCUGCAGACGCUUCUGAGCUGGAACGCUGACGUGGCGCAGCAGGCCAUCAAGAUCUUCCAUACGGUGGUGGGAGACGAGCUCAAGCGCCGCAAGGGCUACUUGGUGGAGGCGGUGGACGGGCUCUUCCUGGCGGCCUUCCAGCGGCCCUCGGACGCCAUCCUGUGGGCCCUGGAGUGCAACGAGGCCAUGAUCAAGCAGGACUGGCCGGAGGACCUUUUGGCGCACGAGCUGUGUGAGGAGCUGGUCAUCUCGGCGCCCACCAAGGACGGCGAGGUCAUUAACACGGUGGUCUUCAGAGGUCUACGGCUCAAAACUGGUGUGGACACGGGCCAGGUGCUGGGCGAGGUGCACGCCAUGACGGGCCGCAUGACGUACCGUGGCAAGGUCAUGAACCGCGCCGCGCGCAUCGCCUCCACCGCCUCCACGGGUCAGGUGCUGUGCAGCAGCGACAGCUGGCAGCUCGCUAUGACCGCGGACUCGCAGGUCAUGCUGUCCAACAAGGUUUCCGGCACCAGCCUGGGGCAGUUCCGUCUCAAGGGUGUGGCGGAGAAGAUUGAGAUUCACCACUGCCGCAAGGUCUCCAGUAUGGCCCCAGCCCGCCGCGCCUCCUCGCUGGUCAUGUCCAUGGCCGAUCACUGGAAGUGGGAACAGCACCUGGCUGCGCACCCCGGAGGCGGCUUGCCCGCCAACACCGGCAUGGGCGGGGCCGGGGUGGGGCCGGAGGACAUCCUACUGGGCGGAGACCCCAUCCGAGCCGCCAUGCUGUCGCCCAGGUCGUUCUCCCGCCGCAGGGGGAGCUUCAGGCAGCGCGAGGGCUCCGACCCGCACCUGGACGCCACCAACGCAGCACAGCUCGGCAUCGAGCUGGCGGCGGAUGACGCUCCGUUUGUAUUGGGUCGCCCCACCUCCGGAGGGGGAGAGGAGCCCAAGCGCCAUGCGCAGUGGCUGAUCUUAUAUAUCUAUUUGCCAGCUCACAUUGUGAACCCAUUGGGCUUUAUUGUAAGUGCGACGAACAAUACGUUUGCAAUCACCGGUUCCACAGCCCCAUGGGCGACUACAGCAGCGGCUUUACGCGCUUGGGGCUGUCACCAUCGGGUUGUCCAAACGGCGUCGCCUGCCUUUACCUCUUGGCGUAUCCACAUGCGACCAGCAUCAGCCCGGGCAGCGACCAUUGCAGAGGCACGUGCUGGCGCUGCCGCAAGUGACCAGCUGGAGCAAGAGUGGGAGCAAGAGAUUGACGAGCUCAUGAAGCUGGUUCAGCUGUUGCCCUCCUCGGUGCGGUCUGCUCUGGAGGACCACCCGGACAUGUUGGAGCUGCUGGAGGUGGUGAUGGACCUGGGUCGGCCGCCGCUGGCCAGGUUCCCCACGGGGGAUGAGAAGCUGUCGCAGCAGCCCAUCACCGCGGAUGACCUGGAGUUCGCAGUGCGGCAGGUUGGCGAAUUCGGCGGAGACAACCGGGCGGGUAUCGACCGCACGUUGCACCGCAUCUCCUGCAUGCGCAACCGGACUGGUCGUAUUAUCGGUCUGACGUGCCGUGUCGGUCGGGCCGUGAAGGGCAGUGCGCUGAUGGUGCGGGACCUGGUGCUAUCCGGCGCCAGUAUCCUGUUGCUAGGUCGCCCGGGUGUGGGUAAGACCACCGCUAUCCGGGAGGUCUCCCGCAUGCUGGCUGACGAGUGCAGCAAGCGGGUGGUCAUCGUGGACACGUCCAAUGAAAUUGGGGGCGACGGCGACAUCCCCCACAGCGGUAUCGGCCGGGCGAGGAGGAUGCAGGUGGCGGCACCGGAGGCGCAGCACCGGGUCAUGAUUGAGGCGGUGGAGAAUCACAUGCCGCAGGUCAUUGUGAUCGACGAAAUCGGCACUGCGGAGGAGUGUGCGGCUGCCCGCACCAUAGCCCAGCGGGGGGUGCAGCUGGUGGCCACUGCGCACGGCAACCAACUGGAGAAUGUGAUCAAGAAUCCGCAGCUGGCGGACCUGGUGGGCGGCAUUCAGUCUGUGACGCUGGGUGAUGAGGAGGCCAAGCGGCGGGGGGUGCAGAAGAGCAUCCUCGAGCGUGCCGCACCGCCCACAUUCGACGUUUGUAUUGAGAUGUUGGAGCGGACUAAGUGGCGCGUGCACCUGGACGUGGGGCAGGCGGUGGAUGUGGUGCUGGCGGGGGGCGACGCCGGCGGUCAGGUUCGCGAGCGGGCCGCCGACGGCACCAUUCUCAAGUACAACUACAACCCUGCCAUCAGCGGGGUCAUUCGGGGGGCGGUGCGGAGCGGCGGUGGCAGUGGGGUUGCUGGGGGUGGAGGAACUGGAGCAGCUGGAGCUGCUGGGGGCGGGGCGGGCAGCAGCAGCGAGGCAGGGGAGGGACUGGCUGGUCGCGGUGGCGGCGCCUCCUCCUCCUCCAUGGCCAGCCGUGAUGGCGAUAUGUUGGCGGCAACUCGGCCCGCCGGCAGCUCCUUCAUCCGCAGUCCCGUAGCCUCCAUGUCACUCGAUGAAGCGGAUGCUGACGGGGCAGCGGCAGCCGCUGCGGCGGCAGCUGGUGACGGCGAUUUCGGCGCAGGCAAGCGACUGCGCCGCGUGACCUCCCGUCAGGCGGUGGCGGGUGUGACGGCGGAGGGUGCGGAGCUGCGGCUGUACCCGUACGAGCUGGACGAGGACGUUCUGUGGGAUGUGCUGUGUGACAUGAGGCUGCUGGGCAAGGUGUUCAUCACUACCUCGCUGUCCAAGGCGGAUGCGGUGUUGGCAUUACGAGCCAAGGUGAAGCAGAACUCGGAGCUCAGGGCCAUGGCCCGGGAGAACGGCGUGCCUAUCUACGCGGUGAAGACCAGUGGCUCAGCCAACCUGGUGAAGGCCUUCCGCACCCUGAUGGGCAUUGACCCCUCCGCCGGCGGCACCUUCGGACCCUCAGCAGCAGCAGCAGCAGCAGCAGCCACCGCCUCCGACACGGAAGACGCACCCGUCUCCGCUCCACGACCUCCCAUGAACACCACAGCUACACCCACCUACAUACCAUCUGCACAGUCGCCUUCUUCUGCUCUUCUUGGCUCUCAAGACGAAUUUGACGACGGCCGCGAUGCCGCGAAACCACCUCCACCUUUUCCCCCUCACAACGGUAGCAGUAGUAGCAAGGGCUACAGCUACAAGGCCUGGGCAGAGGAAGAGGCUCUCGAGGAGGCGCAGGUGGCGGUCACAGAGAUUGUCAUCCCCCUUCACCAGCCGGUGGAGCUCAUGCCCCGGGCGCCAUCCGUGUUGGAGGCACAGAUCCGGUUGUUGGAUCGGUACAAGCUGUCAUACGAAAUUGUGGGCGGAUCUGGCGUGGAUCUAGGGCGGCUGCGGAUCCUGCCUCGUGUGAGCUCUGUUCCGUUGUGA